GGAGCUUCGGGCGUGAACAGACCCACCUGUCCACCGUCAGCAGGACGCCGCGGCGGCACUUCGUGUUGGAGCGCGGACGGCAGUUUCCAUGGAUACCAGGACGAAAUACAUUUGUACCUGCGCCCUAGGAGCGGUGACACUCAUCUUCUAUCUCUGCUUUGGGUGGAACCCCAGGAGCAGCCCAACCGAAGCCCCAGAUCCUGGACCAUAUCAUGUGGCCUACCCACGGAACUACAGGUUCAUCAUGGACGACACGGCCACGUGUCGCACCAGGACCCCUUUCCUGCUCCUCAUGGUUCAAGUUGCAACGGCUGACGUCGCGGCUCGGGACUCCAUCCGCAGGACGUGGGGAAGCGAGAAACAGGUUCUGGGUCAGCUGGUGGAGACUCUCUUCGUACUGGGCCUACCCGGGGGAGCUGACGCCGAGCAGCAGCAGGAGAAGCUCCGACAGGAGAACCUGCAGCACCGCGACCUGAUCCAGAGUAACUUCCAGGACACCUACCGCAACCUGACCAUCAAGACCAUGACGAUGCUGGAGUGGCUGGCUGCGCACUGCGCCGAGGCUUCCUACGUGGUGAAGAUCGACGCCGAUAUGUUGCUGCACGUCCCCAACGCGGUGAAACUGCUGCUGAAUCCCGGCACGGCCAAACAGAACUACAUGACUGGUUUGGUGUGGUGGCACAGCCCGGUUUUAAGAAACCCAUUCAACAAGUUCUACAUACCGGAGAAGGUGAUGGCCGAGCCCGAGUACCCGCCGUAUCCCCUGGGCAUGGCCUACGUCAUGUCCCUGGACCUGCCCGCCAAGAUCCUGGCCGUCGCUCCUCACAUCAAACCCAUCUUCAUCGAGGACGCCUACCUGGGGAUGUGCCUGAAGCGCCUGGGCAUCUCCCCCACCGACCCUCCGGAGGACACCAUGUUUAUCGUGGACCCCAAGCAUCCUCUGAGCAGCUGCAGCCUUUCUAAGGUCAUCGCCGUGACAACGACAAGCGUCCCACAGAUGGUGAGCUACUGGGAGAGGAGCAGACAGCCAGACGCUCAAUGCUGAGCCUUUCUGGUGGGUUACCAGGACAACUUUAUCUGGAAGAGCAGGAUUUGUCGGCUGUCACGGAGUUACAAUCCGCUCAUCUUCUUCCUCUUUGGUUUUUAUUUGUGGGAUUACUGCGUCAUUCGUUGUUAAUAUGCACGUGUUGGCGGCUCGUCUUCCUCUCCUCGUCUUUGAUAAAAGGCUUUCCUCCUCAUUUAGUAAGAGAAGCCUGAAGGCAAGAAACGGUGCCGUGAAACCAAUGAGGUGUUUUCUUCCCGUUUCCACAUGCUGCACUUCAGCAGCAGGAGAUCCAUCACAUGUAGUUCAGAUUUGUUGUGUAGAAUCUAAAGAUAUUUGUGAGCUUUUGUUAAAAUGCGUUGAAUGUUUUACGUUUGAAUGGGAUUCGUGCAGCCGCGGGCGAUUUAUGCGACUCCGUUAGAAGUGACUUUUCCGUCCCACGGCGCCGACCUUCCCUCCCAGUGUCGGUGGACGACGCCGUCCUUCGCCAGUGCUUUGAUUUAGGGAAUGCUGGCGAUAACUGGUGACCCUGAAUGCCUCCUGUUGCUGUUGAUGGAAGCUUUCAGUCGCUUUGAGAUGGCUGGACUAAUUAUCUGACUCAGUCGCCUGGAUCUGAAGCAACAUUAAUGGAGGAUGACGUCGGCUGGACGAGGUUCAGAUGGGAAAGGGUUGAUUGAUUUGUUGGAAGGUUCUUCUGCUCAUUCCAUCUUUAAAUGUCUGCCAUGUUCUUUCCCUCAGUGAUCUCAAUAAAGCACCAAAACUCUCCUAUGAAA